AUGGCUCGCCGCCUACAGAGGAUCGUGCUAUCGCUCGCCGCCGCGACCACGCUCGGCGAUGAGCCGCACACGUCUCAGCCCUCGAGCCUCGCGGCGAUUGACAUGGCGGCCACGAAAGAGCUCGUGAUGAAGAACGAGAAGGUGGUGCUCCUGCUCCACACUAGAGGCUGCCAUCGCGCCGAGAGCUUCUCGCCGACGCUGGCGUCCGUGGCCGAGCGAGUGCCCGGGCUCGAGUUUGCCCGCCUGAGCCUCGAGCCUGAUGCGACCGACACGGGCGGCGGCUUUGCCAAGGGCGUCGAAGCGGGCCGGCCGAUGCUGAAGGCCUUCUUCCGCAACGCUCCGCCUGGCAAGCGUGUGCUGGAGUACGCAGGCCCGCCGAACGAGGCUGCUGUGCUGGAGUGGGCGAGGGCGGUCGACGCGUGGGACGGCAGCGACGCGCUCGCUGACGGGUGGGAGGUGGGCAAAGCGCCGGCAGAGGCCUCCGGAGGCAGCCGCUCCUCCGGCCGGACCACUCGGGCCGGCGCUGGCGCCCUCUCGACCGGUACGCCAUCAUUCGGCGGUGGCGGCUAUCGCGGCGGCCGGCGCAACUUCUCGUCCGGCUCCUCGUCAUCCUUUGGAAACAUCCCCGACAUUCCGGCGCCGUCGGCCUCGCUCGUCGCCGCGGCUGUCGUCGGCGCCUCCGCUCUCUACCUGGCCAAGCGGGGGGAAAUGAUGACGGACGCCGGCGUCACGUACGUCGUCCAGAACAAUCUGACCCGGCCAAAUCAACCUUAA